AUGAUACGUGAUGCUGCUGAACAAGAUGAAGCAGCGUCUCGGCGUAUGGAAGAAGACGCGUUCGAUCGCGAAAGGCAAUCGCAACGACAACGUCAACAGCAGCUGAAUUUGAAUGAAUUCAAAGAACGACAACAGGCUUUACAACAACUCGAACAAGACAUCGGUGAUGUCAACCAAAUCUUCGCCGAUUUAGCGCGAAUAGUACAUGAUCAAGGCGAUAUGGUUGACAGUAUUGAAGCAAAUGUGGAACACGCUCAAAUUCACGUAGAACAGGUUUGUGCCUAA